AAUCAUUUCAAAGAAGGGUCAUCAAAAGAUCGAAGACUGAAUUUAAUUUCACAUAUGCACCCGAUGAACAACUACCCUAUCAAGCUGCAAACCUCUAUGAAGCUGUAUACCUCUAUGCUGUCUCACUCAACAAGACAUUGGCUGAAGGAGGUGAUCCGGAUGAUGGAAGACUUGUGUCACAAAGGCUAUGGGGCAAGUCCUUUCCUGGAAUAGCUGGUGACAUUUCUCUGAAUUCCAAUGGCGACAGAAACCAAGGCUACACAGUCAAAAAAAUGAGAGACGUCGAAUCAACUGAAAUAGAGGUGGUUGGUCAUUACUUCAGCACAAAGGGAUUCUACGAGCCAGAUACAACUGUGUCGAUAAACUGGCCCGGGGGUCGGGAUGAACCUCCAAAUGAUGGCCCUGUCUGUGGAUGGGAAAACGAAUUCUGC